AAUUUCUCCACAGCUGUAAAGAGCUGAUGAUUUAAAGACUCCUGUAAAGCCUGAUGGGCACCUAAAGAUGGGAGCAGUACAACAGUGGAAAUGACAGCAUUCAAGAUGCCUGUGCUGGACACUAGGUUCCUAAGAAGAUGUAGGACAGAGUAGCUCUGGCUGGAGGGAUUAAGAAGAAGCACAUGAUAAAUUAUCCCGUGAUUUCUCUGGGAACCCAGACUGCAGAGCAAAUGAAUGAAUUUCCCUUUCUUUCUCUCUGACACGGACGCCUGACUUAUUCCACAAUGGCAUCUCCUCGGCUAGAAAGUUUUUGCUGCCCUAACAGAGACAAAUCCACCGAGUUUGUGAUAAGCUUCCAGCCUCGUUUUUUCAGUGCCAUCUGCAUCGGCAGUGCCAGCGUCAGUUUAAUCUUCGCCAUCCUACAGAUUCUGCCCAAAAGACGGAGCUAUAGAAGACUUGGGCAGUAUCCUCUUCCAAAACCUGCCUCUUCUUCUCGGAUACUCCUCAUCAUUAGUCUGUGCGAUAUUCUAGGAUGCGCAGGGAUAAUUCUUAGAUCCUCCACAUGGCUUGGUCUGCCAGACUUUGUUUCCAGAAUGUCAGUUGUCAAUACCACUGAAGUCUGGCCAGCUGCUUUCUGUGUGGGAAGUGCGAUAUGGAUUCAGCUGUUUUACAGUGCCUCUUUCUGGUGGACAUUUUGCUAUGCAGUGGAUGUCUUUUUAGUUGUUAAAAGAUCAGCUGGACUAAGCACAAUUGUGUUGUACCACAUGAUCACCUGGGGCCUGGCAGUGCUGCUGUGUGUGGAAGGCGUGGCCAUGCUCUACUACCCUUCCAUUUCAAGCUGUGAAAAUGGACUAGAACAUGCUGUGCCUCACUAUAUCACCACCUACGCUCCCAUGUUGCUUGUCCUAAUUGUGAACCCAAUACUGUUUGGAAGAACAGUAUCAGCCGUGACAUCACUGCUGAAGGGAAGGCAAGGAAUUUACACUGAGAAUGAAAGACGACUGGGGACAGAGAUAAAAAUACGCUUCUUCAAGAUUAUCUUGGUUUUCAUUAUUUGUUGGCUGCCAAACCUCAUCAAUGAGAGCCUACUCUUUUACAUGGAAAUGCAGGAUGAUAUCAGAGCUAGUAACCUCAAGAAUGUGAGAAAUGCAGCCCUCAUCACAUGGUUCAUAAUGGGAAUUCUCAACCCAAUGCAGGGCUUUCUCAAUACUCUGGCCUUUCGUGGCUGGACUGGCUUUGACGUUGAUUUCAGCAUUCAGAGGGAACGAGAGAUUCCCUGGGAAUCAGCCACAACGUCCUUGGUUACUGGGGGGGCCUACAAUCCCACAGUGGGCUCCUCACUCAACUACCCAGGCCUUGUACAGGAGACCAAGAAGAGCAUGAAUGGGAAUGACCAACAGUCCACUGAUGCUAUAAGUGUCCUCUCUGAAGAUUCAGAGUCUAGUACAAUUGAAAUUCACAUUUCAACUGAGCUCCGUGACUUUGAGGGCCUAGAUGCUGAUGGGGAAACAACCAGUAAAUCUGAGAAACAUCAGCUGAUGAAGUAGACAAAAACUGCAAAGGAAUCUGUUCUACCCUGGACCUUACGCUGAAAUGACCACUGAUUGUAGUCUGGUUUCUGAUCUGAGACAGAAUAAAAACAGCAGAAGCCAGAAAAAAAGUGAACAAAUGUUUGAAAGUAUGUUUGUGAUGGACAGUAUUUUUCAAUAAAGAUGGAGUAAAGCAGACCCUACCAUCUGACAAAGUGUCCUUCGUGUGGCUCUACAACUAUUAGCUUUAUUGAAACAAAUCAAAAACAAACCCAAAACAAAGCAUGUGAUUGGUAAGUAUUUAAAGAUGCAGUAUCCCCAUAUUAAACAGAUUCUUAUGAGGACACAAAAAACAUCCAAUAGUAAAAACCAAAUCCCUCUCCCCCCUCAAAACAAAACAGCCUCAAGAAAAUGAAAAUGAAAAUUGUAUUCAUCCAAUUACAAGGUUCAGGCCCCUUAGAAAGAGGUUCACAACAUGACAUUCACAUAUUUCAAGAGAAAGCGACUGUCUUAAUGCAAACAUAAUCCGGGACAUUCAUGGUAAUAUUUAGAGAAAAUUAAAGAUGCACAGUUCAAUCCAUUUCAAUUCUGUUUUACAGCAGGGCCACUACAGAUGCCUCUGUCAUGUCUUCUGAGUUUAACAUGUAAUAUGAAGGUAGCAAAGGUCAGAUGUUUUUACUUCAUGUCAGUUUUCAAAACCUGCCAAAUACACCCUGUUGCUAGGUUCUGUUGAAAACACUGUUAUAGGGAAGAUACUUCCUUACGAGGUACUUGCAGCUGAUUUUGUAUCUGUAUACCGUCAAUCCCCAAAACUGGACGCACUUCAAUAUAUCAUCAUCUAACAAAGCCGUUUUGUGUUACUUCUGCUUCAGACAUUCCCAAAGCUGUGACAAAUCACUCUCAAAAACAGGCAAAAGAAGCAUCAGUUCCAGUUUUGUUUUGAUGGAACAACGUACUGAAUACUUCACUGGUUUACUGAGCUAAAAAACUGUUCUACAUCGUGGGCCUAAAACCUCACAAAUGCAUAGCCAAUUACUUCUGAGGUCAAAUGGCUGCUUCCACAACAGCCCCAAAACCCCAAUACCUGACCUCUCCAAAGUGACAAACGUCUAGCCACCAAGACAGGGUAUGGAUGAAAUAUAACGUAAUAAAUCAGCUACUCAGUUGUUCACAUUUUCAUGAGGUUUUAGCCCCAAAACCUCUGAAUCUCCAGCAACCAGAACCUUUAACAUUGUAAGGCUCCAUAAAGCAGCCUCUGAAUUAAAGGCUUAAUAUUGUUCUAGUACAGAAACUAGGUCAGAAAAAAACACUCAACUCAGCAGCACAAAAAGAAUUGUCUAGAGAGACAAAUGUCUCCACAUCCACAAUAUGUGAAUAUGUGAACACCCCAUGGCUUGGUGUGCAAAUUGUGUGAUCCUGAAAGAUAAAUUAACCCAAGACACACUCCCAAGAAAUGCUGCAUGUUUAGGUCCUGAACUGGGGUCGUCUAAACCCUGUUCUCUAAAUAAUGAAAAUGCAUCAACCCAAACAAAUGGUAAAUUCAAGGCAUUGCAAUAGAAUCUGAACAUUACUAUGAACAUAAACACAUACAGUCUUGGCCACGGAUUGAACAUACCUUUGAUGUUUUGGAACUAUUACAAUCUUAGUACUGAAAGAAAAAAAUAUGAUUUUGUAUGUUGCUGGGCUUCUAUCUGCUUGCUUUGGUGCGGAGAUCCUUUACUGCACCAAGAGUAAUUUGCAUGACCCUAUAACUUAAGUGACAUGGAGGUGGCAUACUAGUGAAUAUUAAUCCAUCUCAACCAAUUCUUGUUUUACUUUUGCCAUAGAACACACACUUCCUGACAGCUUUAGUUUAAAGUGCUCAUAGACAUUGAAAUGUUUUAAAUUAGGAGACUGGAAGGCCACCUGAGAGGAGCAAGACUAAUUUUUACAAACUAGAAUAGUCUAGAAUAUCUGCAACAUACAUAUUUAGCCAGGACUCAACUUGCAUUUUAGUACUAAAAAUAAUUUUGAGACACACCCCCACGACACACAGAUGUAGCCAAUUACUAAACCAAAUGUGACAAUUAUGACCGACUGAUCCAUCAGGAUAAAACACCUCUCCAUGUCUUAAAAAAGUAUGGAAAAUGUUAUCAAUAAGAAAAAAAAGGAUCAGUGUUGGGGGAGCUAGGAUAUAAAGUCUUUUUGAAGCCAUUAUUCCUCACCUGCAGGCUGCUCUAACCUCAUAACUGCUUCAUCUUAAUAAAAAGCUCCUUUGUCAAGUUCCAAGUAAUUUCACGUUUGCUAAUACUUAACCCAUAUGUUUUCCUUUUUCUACAAAAGGCUUUUUGUUGAGGCUUUACUCUUGUUUUACAUCCAUUUAACCCACCAUUAUCUAGUAUUUUUCCAUCAGGUGUGACUAGGUAAUUCCAGCUCCUUCUUGAAACAGUAGAGCUCUGAUUUUUUUUUAAAUACUGAAGAGAUUUAAAAUGUCUUUUCUCUACCAUUGAGGCACUUCAAUGUUUAGGAUUUGGUGUUUAAAGUUUUUGGGGAAAUUUGCUGUGCUGAUUUCUUGUGUUUAGAGCUCAGUAAUAAUCCUUUAUUGUAAAAAUACAAAUAUGCAGGAGUAUUAUCCAUUUCUGAAAAAAGAAAACAGCAACUAUAAAUGUAGCUAUUCAUAUUCAUUCAUUACUUAAGAACAUCAUGCGACAAAGGCUCUAACAAUAUUAAGAGCGCAUGGAAUUUCCACAAAUUAUAAGAACAGAUUUAAAAAAAUAAAAGUGCUUGCAUUAAUUUAUUUGGAAUUCUUAUUUAAAUAAUCAAUUUCAGGGUGUGUCUAUUCAUUUUAGCAGAGACUGGAGAUAUAUUUAUAUAUGUAUUUGUAUUUAUUUUACAAACUUUACAUUCAUGAAAUUUACAUCCAAAAGAAAAGGUUUACAUAUAUUUGUGGUAAUAAAUGUUUCCAUUGAAAAGUUAAAAGGAUGUUUUUCAGUUUUAUUUAACUUCAAGUUAUUCAAAAGCAUUACAUGAAAAAAAAAACUUUAUAAACAAUACUGAGUUUUGUAUUGCAGUUUAUCUUAUCUUAAUAUUAACUUUGAAAUGAACUUGCACAAAUUAAAGGUAGUCUGAAGAUGUAAUUUGAACAUUUUUCAUUAAAUAAACCUUAAACAGUGCCUGUCCAAACCUCUGAAGUCCAGUGAAAAAUCUUGAGGCCUACAUUGAUAACAUUUACAAUUUAGAAAAAAAA